GCUUCUUGUUUUUUUUUGGUUUGUGUUCUUUCCUUGUGAAAGCUCUGCAGCAUUGGAGUGGGGGACUUUGGUUCGCCUUCGUUUGUUCAUGUUCCUUUCCCUAGCUGGGGACUCAGUUAGGUUUUGUUGUGGAAACUUCCUUUGCCAUGUUGAAAAUGCCCCUGCAAGGUCAGUGCGAGGGAACUUGCCAGAUGUGAGUCGGACAUCGACUAUUCGGUGCCCAGAUUCGUUUGAGCAAAGGCGGUCUUUCAAUUUGAUCAGGUCCAAGCUGAACAUAUUGUAGUGGCAGGGCGCAAUUCGGCAAAAGGCGCUUUGCCGCUUGCGAGGCUCACAUGCCUGCGAGCCUGCCGCUACCAGUCCUUAUGCCGCGGCGCAACUUUCAUCGAGUUUGACCCCCCUUUCCAUCUUCGGCCAUAACCCUGCCAACGGAAUUUUGGGGGGUGAGAGUCAGUCUUGCUGUGAGCCAGCGGUGAGACCUGCCAUCACCUUUUGCAGGUGCGCGCCGCGGCGCACACUCUCGCCCUGCUCCCCCGAGCUCUUAGUGCACAUGAGUUAUUUUUGUUUGAAACGAAUGGUGAGGACAGAGGGCCCUUCAUCACAAGCGCCGUGCUUUGGGCUUGAAGGCCCCUUCAUUUUGUCAAAGGGGUCAGCUGCAUGUAAGCCGAUGAAAAUGGAAGACCCCUUUCCCGUGACAAGUCGACUGCCGAAUUGCCAGGAUCAUCAGUCCUUGCGAUUAUUAUUUCAGAGCAAAGCCGUUGGGGUAUGCAGUCAGAAGAACUGGGACAGCCUGGCGCAGUUCGUGGCUGGGGGUCAGAACUUUGUGGUCGCAGGUCUGUUAACGGUUCGUGGGGCCUUGCGCUUAGACUUGUUAGAAGCUCAUGGGAGCCGGGGGUUGACAGUGCGCUCUCGCUGCCGCGCAAGGGUCCGAAGCUGGCGCUGGCAGGGGCACUUUGGGCUCGCAACAGGCGAUUUAAACACGUUGUUUGGGCACCCCCAGUUUUGACUUUAGAGUUAACAGCAGCAAGUCAGUUCAUUUCCUUGGCGACGUCCCGCGUGCAUGGCGCUCUUGAAGCGCAAGUUCGGCUUUUGGACCUUUUAUCAAGCUUGCAAAGCAAUUUCUCGAUUUCUUCGAAGGCGCUUUAUGUGAGUUUCGCGUGAGUUUUGCUAGCCUGCUUUGGAGCGGAAGCGACGCGAUUCAUCGUGACCACCUGGAGGUCUCCUUUGCACAAAGCCAGAUGGGAUAUGUCCAGUCUUGUUUGUGGAUGCCUUUGCCGCGGCCCCCCAAGAAUCGCGGGGCGCCUGCAGUUCAGCGUGGGGUAGAAAUUGCCCCUCUCGCACCGCCGCCCAUGCUCUUCUGCGCGCCGUCUGCAAAACUCCUGUUGACUCAAGUUGUGUGCAGGUCACGCAGAGCGCUGGGCCCAUCGGCGCGCCAGCUGGGUUUGCGCCACUCGUUCUGGCGCCCCUCGUGACGCAUCGCGCCAACCACAUCGUGCCCCGACAGGGGAGGCUUCCGCUUGGCAAUUGGGACACCCGUGCUCUUGUGGGCUGACGUGCAACUUCCGUCGUUGACUUUGCAAGUUGUUUGCAGAUUAAAUCAGGCUCCGAAUGCGUUGUGCCGGUCAGUUGCAAACCUUCGCGCGCAAUGAGCCAGCAAAGGCAGACCCCCGUUCCGUAGUACGUCGGAGGGCGCGGGGCGCAGUAGUAAGCUUCUUAUAGGGGCGGUCACACCCACUGUUGCGCCCACAAUCUUCCCCACGUCCCCCCCUGCGUUGGUGUCCGGGAGAAGGGGUGGCCAAAGUGAAACAAAAUUAAAUGUAUAGAGCUGCCUGUGCUACCGCAGUUGCUGGCUGGGCCCGCGUGUUUUUUGCUACAGCAAACGAAACAUCCUGGGCCCAGCAAUGUCAACUUUCCUUUUCCGGAUCCUCGGACACACGGCUAUAACAGGCAGUCAGAACGAGCGAAAGUGGACAGAUGAGGGCUCUCCUGGACGCCGGCUAGUUGUUGAGGGUAAAAGAAACCAGCAAGCUGAAGCAAAAUUUGGUGAACGCGCCCGCCUUUACAUGAAGGCAGAGCCACGCUUAGACUCCCUUGACUGCGCACUUUUCUUGAUUCAAGAUGUGAUAGUGUGACAACACCCAUGUCAACAAAUGCCCGAGCAAUUCCACUUGCUGUAAUGAUGGUCAUUGCGUUUGGACCACGCCUCAACCUUUGAAUUCCAGGCGACGAAAAGUGGAAGCUGCCUUGGGUCGGUUUUUGAGUUGAUGGCUGAGCCCCUUAUCUUAUCAAGGGUUUUAGCCACUGCUCAUCGGCCCGCAUGAGUUGAAGAGGUGCAGGCGGCCGUCAAAUGCAACCCGCGGCCUUUCAACUGAGGGUUUGGCUGCCGGAAGUCAGAGCGCGCCUUGCAAUGGCACUCCCAACUGGGGAAGCACCGAAUCUUGACAUAAAGAUCAGCUGAGGUUUUGUUGAUACUGCCCGCACGCGCUGGCGCUCAAAAGCCUCCCUCCAGAAAAGGGCAGACUCAUGCCAGCGGCAAUCAGCAUCCCACGCAUGGAAGAAAGGCGUGCUCGCUGGACCAAGCCCAUCCAUCGCUUGCACAGCCUCCUCGCAUCCUUUCGCGUCUCGCUAUGUCCAGCCACGGGCCGCUCCAGGAAAGAGAAAGCCAGAGCCUGACAGCAGCGCAGCAGACAGCUGCAGAAGGCGACGCCAAUAAUGACAAUGCCGAGGAUGCGGGCCUGCAGGAGAAGAUCGAGAAAGGCCUUGCCACCGCGAAAGAGAAGGCGGCUGAGGGCUACGACGCUGCCAAGGAGAAGGUGCAGCAAGUGGCUGAGAAGCCUUCAGACACCAAGGAUGACAAUGCCGAGGAUGCGGGCCUGCAGGAGAAGAUCGAGCAAGGCCUUGUGACUGCGAAAGAGAAGGCGGCUGGGGGCUAUGAUGCUGCCACGGAGAAGGUGCAGCAAAUGAUUAAAAAGCCUUCAGACACCAAGGAUGACAAUGCCGAGGAUGCGGGCCUGCAGGAGAAGAUCGAGCAAGGCCUUGUGACCGCGAAAGAGAAGGCGGCUGGGGGCUAUGAUGCUGCCACGGAGAAGGUGCAGCAAAUGACUAAAAAGCCUUCAGACACCAAGGAUGACAAUGCCGAGGAUGCGGGCCUGCAGGAGAAGAUCGAGCAAGGCCUUGUGACCGCGAAAGAGAAGGCGGCUGCGGGCUACGCCGCAAGGUGCAGCAAGUGGCUGAGAAGCCUUUAGACGAAAAGAAGCAUGACCCAACUUUCAUUGACAAGGUGCAAGGCGGUCUAUCCAUCCGCUGCGCAGGAGAAAAUGGUUCACGGCUAUGAGGCUUUCAAGCACCAGGUGGUUGGUGGGCAAGCUGAGAUGCACGUUGAGGCGACCAAGGCUCUCACUGGCGAGAAGGAGGAGGGCAAGAGUGGCAAGAGUGGCAAGGUUGGUGGUUCGUGAAAGGCGCGACAAGACCCAAGGUGAGUUUUGAGUGGUUGCCAGUCACUCCGUACAGCUUGAAUUUUACUGCUUCCCUGUACCUACUCAGUCCUUCACUUUUCUGUUGAUGAUGCUGCAUGCAGAUGCCAUACACACAGAUCCUGACAUUUUAUUCGACACGGUUGGUGUUGACGGGCCACGUCGGGGAAUCAGAACUGGCA